ACCAACGGUCCCGUUAUCAAGGAACGCCGAAUCGAGGAAGUCGCCGAUAGAUAUCCGAGAGACGAGAAGCCGAUUCCUAAGAGAAAAUCGGCCGAGAGUAUAGAGGCUGUGUUCGCUCGAGUGACGGACUAUCACACGUGGGCGCACGAAGAGGAAGCGAGAAAGGAGAGAGCCGCUACGUCCCCGAGGACCGAGGAUGGUUCCUCCUCGGGCGAGACGUCCGGUCCUGAUAGUCCUGGACGAUCGAUGGACGACGACGAGAUCGAGGAGGAGGAGGAGGAGGAGGAGGAGGAGGAGGACGAGGAGGAGGACGAGGAGGUGGUGGAGGAGGAGGAAGAAGAAAAGGUAAAAAGAGAGAGCGACCGGACAAGAAGAUCGGCUCGGGACGAGGAGGAAAGAGGUGAAUUACAAAAGGAUCUCGAUGAGGGACAAUCAAGACGAAGUUCAAGCGGCAUAUCUGUCCUACGACAAGAGGAGAAAAUUCUUCGAGGUACGGAAAGCCUAUCUCGCGAAGGUAGCCUGACCGUUGGACUCGCCGCCGGUGAGACGUUGGAUGAGCGAGAUGUUGCCGAGACCGAUACGAAUCUGGGCCUACCCAAGAUCAAGAUUGAUUCCUCAUCUUGCGCCGGUGCAGCCGACGUUACCAUCUUGAAGGAGGGCCAGGUUAGUCCCGGUCCACCUGGCUCCAAAUGGAAGCUCUUAAAAACUUUGAAGGAACGGAAGGAAGAGAAACUCAAGGAGAUCGAGGAAGCAUCGAAAGAAGCUGCGACCAUUUCUCAGGGACCCACGGCGAACGGAAGUGGACCAGGCGGCGAAUCCGGUGGACGAGCUAACGGGCAUCCAGGCGAUAAUCCUUUCUACAGCAACAUCGACAGUAUGCCGGAUAUUCGACCGCGCAGGAAGUCAAUACCAUUGGUCUCCGAGCUGGUCUUGAAGACAAUGGCGGCGACGAAGAGGAACGCCGCAGGGCUCACAUCCGCGGUGCCCAGGGCUACGCUGAACGACGAGGAACUGAAGAUGCACGUCUACAAGAAAACGCUGCAGGCGAUGAUUUAUCCUAUCUCGUCGACGACGCCUCACAAUUUCGUCACUUGGACGGCCACCUCGCCGACCUACUGCUACGAAUGCGAGGGUCUACUCUGGGGUAUCGCGCGUCAGGGCGUUAGAUGCAUGGAAUGCGGCGUCAAGUGUCACGAAAAGUGCAAGGACUUGCUCAACGCUGACUGCCUGCAGAGGGCCGCGGAGAAGAGCUCGAAGCACGGCGCCGAGGAUAAAGCCAAUAGCAUAAUCACGGCGAUGAAGGAAAGGAUGAAGCAGAGGGAGAUGGAAAAGCCAGAGAUCUUCGAGCUCAUUCGGUCAGUCUUCGGGGUCGACGAGGCUGCGCACCUGGGCCACAUGUCAUCAGUGAAGCAGUCGGUUCUGGACGGAACGAGCAAAUGGUCGGCGAAGAUCGCCAUUACAGUGAUCUGCGCUCAAGGAUUAAUCGCCAAGGACAAGAGUGGUACGUCCGAUCCGUACGUCACGGUCCAGGUCGGUAAGGUGAAGAAACGCACGAGAACGAUGCCGCGCGAGCUCAAUCCUGUCUGGCACGAAAAGUUUUACUUCGAGUGUCACAAUUCGUCCGAUCGGAUAAAGGUUCGCGUCUGGGACGAGGACAACGAUUUGAAGUCGAAACUGCGACAGAAACUUACGCGCGAGAGUGACGAUUUUCUUGGACAAACGAUCAUCGAGGUGAGAACGCUCAGCGGCGAGAUGGACGUCUGGUAUAAUUUGGAAAAGAGAACGGACAAGAGCGCGGUAUCCGGUGCCAUCAGGUUGCACAUAAGCGUGGAAAUCAAGGGAGAGGAAAAGGUCGCUCCGUAUCACGUGCAAUACACCUGCCUUCACGAGAACCUAUUCCAUAGUUUAUGCGAGGAGAACGCCGGGAUGGUCAGCCUACCGCAGGCGAAGGGCGAGGACGCAUGGAAGGUGUACUUUGAUCCGCCCGGCGAAGAACUCGUCGAUGAAUUUGCCAUGCGAUACGGCAUCGAGAGCAUCUACCAGGCCAUGACACACUUCCACUGCCUCUCGACAAAGUACCUGUGCCCAGGGGUCCCCGCGGUAAUGUCGACCCUGUUGGCCAACAUAAACGCCUAUUACGCCCACACGACCGCUAGUUCGGCCGUUUCCGCUAGCGAUAGAUUCGCCGCGAGUAAUUUUGGGAAAGAAAAGUUCGUGAAAUUGCUUGACCAGCUGCACAAUUCCUUGAGGAUCGAUCUCUCGUCGUAUAGAAAUAACUUCCCAGCAUCGAGCCAGGAGAAACUGAUGGACCUGAAGAGCACCGUCGACCUUCUUACGAGCAUCACGUUCUUCCGUAUGAAGGUGCAGGAAUUGUCGAGCCCGCCACGAGCCAGCACCGUCGUCAAGGAUUGCGUUAAGGCUUGCUUGCGUUCGACCUAUCAGUUCCUCUUCGAGCAUUGCUACGAACUCUACAGCAGAGAAUUUCAGGCUGAUCCGAACGAACCGAAAAAGGAUCCGGAGGAUCACGGACCAAGACGGGACUCUCUCGACUUUUGGCACAAGCUCAUCGCUCUUAUCGUUUCGGUUAUCGAGGAGGACAAGAACAGCUAUGCGCCCGUGUUGAACCAAUUCCCCCAGGAGUUGAACAUCGGUCAACUAUCGGCGGCCACUAUGUGGUCUUUGUUCGCGGUCGACAUGAAGUACGCCCUGGAGGAUCACGAGCAGCAUAGACUGUGCAAGUCCUCAGCUUAUAUGAAUUUACACUUCAAGGUGAAGUGGUUGUACACGAAUUACGUGAAAGACGUACCACCUUACAAGGGUGCCGUGCCGGAAUAUCCCGCCUGGUUCGAGCCGUUCGUCAUGCAAUGGCUCAACGAGAACGACGACGUUUCCUUGGAAUACUUACACGGUGCCUUUAGCAGAGACAAAAAGGACGGGUUCCAAAAGAGCAGCGAGCACGCUCUCUUCAGCGUGUCGGUCGUCGACGUGUUUACCCAAUUGACCCAGUGCUUCGACGUCGUCUCGAAGCUCGAGUGUCCCGAUCCGGAGAUUUGGAAGAGGUACAUGAAGAGAUUCGCUAAGACCAUAGUAAAGGUUCUGGUCGCUUACUCUGACAUCGUCAAAAUAGAAUUUCCCGUCCACUUGAAGGAGGAACGAAUCGCUUGCAUCCUGAUGAACAAUAUCCAACAACUGCGCGUGCAGCUGGAGAAGAUGUUCGAGUCGAUGGGCGGUGAAAAAUUGGAGGAGGACGCGGCAAACAUCUUGAAGGAACUUCAGCAGCAGCUUAACAGCGCCCUGGAUGACCUGGCGAUGCUCUUCGCCAAGAGUCUCGAGCCGCGUAUAACGGCCUCAGUCCGAGAACUGGGAGAUCUCCUUUUGGCUAUCAAAGGUGGCGGUCAGGUUACCUUGUCCCAAGCGCAACAAAGGAACAACGUCGCUGUCGAGGCCGACGAGGUGUUGAGGCCUCUCAUGGUACUUCUCGACGGAAGUCUUUCUCUAUAUGCCGAAUCCUGCGAGAAGACGGUACUCAAGAGAUUAUUGAAGGAACUUUGGAAGAUCGUCAUGAGGAUUCUCGAAAAGACGGUCGUCUUACCGCCCAUGACGGACAAGAGCAUGAUGUUCAAGAAUCUAACGGAUAACGCGAAGAAUCUCGCGGCGAACGCCAAGAUAGAGGACAUGUCAAAGUUGUUUAAGAAUCACAUGACCGGAAAGCCGGACGUCAAAAAUGCUCUCAGCGGUGUCAUGGAUAUCUCGAAAGAGGUGGAGAAGAAUCUGUCGCCGAAACAGUGCGCCGUACUCGACGUCGCCCUCGACACCAUCAAGCAAUACUUCCAUGCGGGUGGCAAUGGCUUGAAAAAGGCCUUCCUCGAAAAGUCUCCGGAACUGCAGAGCCUUCGGUACGCUCUCAGCCUUUACACGCAGACGACGGACACCCUGAUCAAGACCUUCGUUACUUCUCAAAUCAAUCAAGUGCCGCUGAACGAUGCGUCAACGUUACGUCAGCGUCAGCGUUCGAUGAGCAGCGAGAGAGGCGACGAAGGCGAAGGAGCCGAGGGUAUGGAAAGCCUCGAGGAACCCCUUCGCCAGAGCAAGCCCUCUCUUCGUCGAGAGAGUCGUCAAGUUCCAGAUACGGCUGGUACGGACGAAGGUUCGGUGGGAGAAGUUAGCAUCCAGGUUGACCUCUUCACGCAUCCUGGAACCGGCGAACAAAAGGUCACGGUCAAAGUCGUCGCUGCAAACGAUUUAAAGUGGCAAUUGGCUACGGGAAUGUUUAGGCCUUACGUUGAAGUCAAUCUGAUUGGUCCGCAUCUAACUGGCAAAAAGAGGAAACAAUCGACGAAAUCGAAGAGCAACAAUUGGUCGCCUCAAUUCAACGAAAGUUUCGACUUCAUGAUCGGCAACGAGCAGCAACAAUUGGACUUUUACGAGCUUCACAUUUGCGUCAAGGAUUAUUGCUUCGCGAGAGAGGACAGACUGGUCGGCGUGGCGGUGAUGCAGCUAAAGGAUAUCGUCGAAGAGGGUUCCUGCGCGUGCUGGCUGUCGCUCGGCAAGCGAAUUCAAAUGGACGAGACCGGUUGGACCAUUUUGCGAAUUCUCUCGCAAAGAAACAACGACGAGAUAGCGAAGGAAUUUGUAAAAUUAAAGAGCGACAUCAGACAGGAAACACCUCUACCAAAUCCCACUUGAAACGGCGAACCGUCGGCGCACUAAACUCGACAGCGAUGCGAUACGUCCUUUGAGCUUGGAAAGAGCUCCAAGGUCUUGGCGGAUGGCGGACAAGAUUUUGUCUGACGAUGGGCAAGCAAAAGAGGACAGGACAAGGAAGGAAAGAAAGAAAGAAAGAAAGAAACAAAAAAAGAAAGAAAGAAAGAAAGAAAGAAAGAGAGAGAGAAAAAGAGAAAGAAAGAAUGAAAGAAAAACAAAAAGCAAGCAAGCAAGAAAGAAAAAGAGAAAAGAAUGGUUCGCUCUAUGGUAUUACCAAUGACAAGCAACAUCAACGACUUGCUAUAGUCCAUACCGAAAGGAGACAAACGUACGAGGAACGAUCGAGACUGCUCAAAGCGCUAAAUUUCCGGUCGAUCGACCGAAUUCCUUCCGCUCGAUAUUUUUAGGAUCACGAUGAGAGCAACGAUUCGUUGCUACUCCUCUUUCCUGUUUCCUUCGCGCGAAAGGGAUCCGAACGAGCGCCGCUUUUUUUCCCCAUUUUUACGAGUCACACGUGCAACGCCUCUAUACACAUCUACCUCCACGCGUACCCAUCCGCUCUCUCUCACACACACACACACGCACACGCACACGCACACACACACACACAUACACGUACGAGGGACGUACAGAUAGAUCCGUUUUAGCGUUAUCGCUCACAAACAAUCGGCACAGAGCUAGACCAACGUUCUUUCGGCUCGUCGAUAAGAAAAAAUAUCACGUAAUACCAAGGACGAUUCCUGCCGUCCCUUUUGGAAAUUCUCAAACUACUCGAGAGCUCGACCGAAGGAAACUGUGAAGUGGUCCCAACGACGACGAAUAACGUUAUCAUAAGACGACAUUAGGAGAGGCAAACGUCAUUGAGAAGAAAGAACGAGUCGUUUGAUUCUUUUCUUCGUGCCGUGUGUCGCGAGAAAAGAAAAGAUAGUACGUACGAAAUAAGAAGAGUCGAAAAAGUGAAAACAGUGCUGCCAGUACGCAAUAUAUUUGCUAAAUAUUCGUUAUGUAAGAGGGAAAAGGAGAAUAAGAGAGCGCUUAAGGAAAAUUAUUGUAAAAUGGAGAAUUACGGACACCCCUGAAAGACUUGGAACGAGCGCGAGACGAGACAGAUUUAUCGAAGUAAAAUAAGAGGGGGGCAAGCGAAUAAGGGGUCCGCGAUUGAAAGAAAAAUAAAAAAAAAAGAAAAAAGAAAAAAGAAGAAGAUAAGGUAAAGAAAGCUCGAGGGGAGGAAAUAUAAGCGAAAGACGAUAUUCCGCGCUCGCAAAGACACGAUGAUAACCCUUAGGCCGUUUUGUUCGAACGGACGGAGAGUUUACUGUAGAUAAACGUGGAAACAUAUUGUUGACGAGGAAGAAUUUUUCUAACACAAUUAUUUAAAUGUAGCAUUGCGUACGACCAAUGGGCGCGCCCUGACGUCAAUCAAGGCGCGCCGUUAGUAAUAAAAACUUAGGCAUUGUAAUGUAUAAAGUACGUUCUUAUUCGUAAGAGUAACAAAAGUAAAAGAAAGAAAGAAAGAAAGAAAGAAAGAAAGAAAGAAAGAAAGAAAAGAAAAAAAGAAAAAGAACAAAAAAAGGAACAAAAAAAAAGAAAAAAAAAAGAAGAAAAAAUUAUCACUUCUUUUUCGAAGUCGAAGUUAGGAUGAAACACGUCGAGAUCCACGAGUUGGCUUCGAGUUUUUCUCUUUCUCUACGAGCGAACGAGCGCCCAAAAUCGAAACGAAACUCUCGUUAUUUAUUCAUAGUAAUUGUCCAGCAAUAGGCGAAGACGUUCCAAUGAUACUCGUAGCUUCGAUUUUUCUCGAAAUAUUAAGUACUAUUUAAAGAAGGAAGAAGAGACGAGGCGCUUUUUUAUGCGAACCAAAGACUCUACUAAAAGGCAGAUGCGCGAGUACGAUUGGAAAAAAUGCGUCAACUCCGCUCGCCUUUCAUCCUCGCGACUGCUAUUCUCUCUUCGACUUUCUCUUUUUCUCUCUCUCUCUCUCUCUCUCUCUCUCUCUCUCUCUCUCUCUCUCUUGAAACUCUCUUACGUAAUCGAAGAAAAAAGAAAAAAAGGAUAAAAAAAGAAAAGAAGAAAAAUAAUGCACUCUUACGUGGCAAAGAACGUUCGCUCGUGGAGAUGUCGUGGAUAUAGAAAGGGCGAGAGGAGCCCUCUUAGCUCGGAGCUUCUUCGUUGGGAUCUCGAAGCGUAGCUUGAUUAUAUCGAAAAGGGAGCUAGGAAAAGAAGCGAAUGAUAACCACACAUCGUCCAGCCUGUGCGGAUCGGACAGGUAUAAUAAAGGUAAAAUAAAGAAAAACAAUUUCAAAGAUUACGACACGAUUAUAAUUGAAAAAGUUUCUACUUACGUAGUUACGUCUAGAUGCAUAUACUUACGUAUUGUGUAUAGUGUGUCUAAAAGAAAACGCUGAAUACGUAGCUGCGAGGCCGGCUUUGUACGAGGAACAUAUGGGGAUAUCUAGUUUACGUACGCGCCUUGUAUAUGCGUGGGUAAACGAAGGUGAGCGCGCGUACGUAGAUUUGUGCGUAUCCGAGCGUACAUCGCGCGCGAUCGUUUUGAAUCGUCGACGAGCUUGGGAAGCGACGACCGAACUACCGUUGAUAACAACUCGAGAGAGAAAACUCGCGAACUCGGACUCGCGCAUUCAUUUACUUCAUCGUCUACGAGCUUAUUCUCCGAGCGUAUUUUCCAGGCUCGUUCCUCUUUCUUCUCCUUUUUCAUUUUCAUUUUCAUUUGGAAGGAACUACCAACACUGGCCGUACACGAUUACACGUGAUUUUCUACAAGAUUUUCUUCUUCUAGAGAGUUUUAUCAUAUGGGGGACACAUGCACACACGUCUAUACAUACACGACACAUACUUUGCUUAUCCGUAAUCGCGAUUCUUACGGACGAGAUAUAUCAUCCUCCAUUUUUGCGAUAAGCGCGCUGUUUACUUUCUUUACGUUUCUUUACGUUUCUUCGUUCCGCUUGCCUAAACUCGAACGCGUGCCGUUCAGAAUCGAACGAAGAGAUCACAAUCGAAGAGCGUAGAAAAGAGAAAAAAAGAAAGAAAAGGACGGAGAGCGAAAGACGGGCUCGCCGAGUCCAUUCCUCCUUUCGAAAUCUGUCUAUUUUCUUCUAGCCGCCUAACUAAGGUACGCGUAAUUAGUGAUAUAAACAAAACAAAACAAAAAAAAAACAAAAAAAACAAAAAAAAAUAAACAAAAAAAAGAAAGAAGAAAAGGAAACAGAUAUAUACCGAGAUGGCAUAAAAAAAAAAAAAAAAGGGAAAAGGAAAUGAUAGGAGGACCAUUUUCGCCGUUUCCCUCGUGUCGCGUAACUACUCUCCCGCUUGUAUUAAUAUCUCGUAAGCUUAAAUGAAAAUAUCUCGUACAUUCUGUGAUACUUGCCCCUCCCCACCCCCCCACCCCCCCCCCCCCGUUAAAAACGCAUGCGUACUCACCCUCUACGACACCCGUACUUGUCGCACGAGCACGUGUACGACGACGAAGGAACAAAAGAAGAUAAGACGCAUCCGAUCCUAACUAGCUACAAUAUUUUUCUCAUUUUAAAGAACAUUCCGAGCAGAUUUAUACUCUCUGUAAUCGUCUAACGUCCGAAUAGUCUCGAGUAGACGUUGAUAAUUGAGAAGAUGCGAAUCGCAAUAAACGAGCGUCGCCUCGAUCAUGGCACACGGAGCGCGAUGAUAUAUCGACGGGUCAAGAAGAAACAAAAAGAAUAAGAAGGAACAAAGCAAGUAAAUAAUGACGGAGGAACCUGAAACGCAAAAGUCCCUGCCACGUCUCUCCUUUUUUCCUUGAGAUCGAUGAAAGAAGCGGCAGAAAAAAAGGGCAAAAUGAGAUAUCGUCGUUGAUUUUGACCCUUUUUUCGCCAUCCUUUUUUUCCUUCUUCUUUCGCUCUUACCUCGGAGACAACAAGGGUGGAAUCGGCAUUCGAAAGGACUAAACCUCGUACGGGUCUUCACGUUGGACUUUUGCGUUACAGUCGCCGGCAAAGGCGCAGAACCAAAUAUCGAGCCAGACUCCAGGGAUCGUUCAAAGCUAUCGAAAGCGCGUAUUGAAGGGCGAUAUCGAAGAAUUCAAAAAACAAAAAAAAACAAAAAAACAAAAAAAAGCCGUUUAAGAGGAGAAAAGAUACAAACAAACAAAAAUAUACACAACUGUUGACAAUACUAUGCUUGAAAAAAAAUCGUAUGACGCGUAUGUAAUGUACCUAACGAAUAUUAUUUAAAAAGAAAAAAAAAAAAAAGAAAAAAAAAAAGAAAAAAGAGAAAAAAGUAUUAAGCGAAAAAAAAACGGAUGGAGUUUCGGUGCUUCGCGACUAAAGGGAAAAAGGGAGAAAGAGGAAAAAAAACGGACGUCGCGUAUUUAAGGAGCGAUCAUGGGAAGGAAAACGUGAACGAGUCGCGUAAAAAUCUGUGCGUGCAUGUGGAUGACUGCGUGCUUCAUUAGGUAAAAAAAUGAUGUCUAAUCGAACAAAGAUGCGUCGUCAUUUUUGUCGUCCCGCGGAAAGCAUUGAUAACUAUUAUCGUUGUUAUCAACCUUUUUUUUUCACGCGUAGAUGACCAAGUAAAUUCGAUAUAAUGAAUGAAAAAAGAAAAAGAAAAAGAAAAA